CUUAAGGGAAGAAAACGUUCAAAGUCUACCUGCCUGAUAGUGAAAGAUGCCUAUUUGGAUAGAAUUAGUUGCUUACCAGAUCACGUAAUAGACCAGAUCUUGUCAUACUUGCCAAUCAAGGAAGCAGUGAGAACAAGUAUUUUAUCCAGCAAAUGGAGUAACAAAUGGUACACGCUACCAAAUCUUGUAUUUGAUAAACAUUGCAUCUCUGAUACAGAUUCCCAAGACCCUUCGGUUAUCAAUAACAAGUUUUUGAGAAUUGUUGAUCAUGUACUUUUACUUCAUUAUGGGCCAAUCAACAAGUUCCAGAUCCGCGACUACUAUUGUAAUCUCAUUAGUUUGAGUUCUAUGACAGAUAUUCAAAGGUGGAUUAUUCACCUAACCCGAAGGCCUAUUAAAGAGUUUGUGCUGCACAUUUGGUUAGACGAACGCUAUAAGAUCCCUUGGUGCUUAUUCUCUUGUCAAAGUUUACAUCAUUUAGAAUUAAAAUGCUGUUGGCUUAAACCUCCAACAACGUUUGAAGGCUUCAAGAACUUGAAAAGUCUUGAAUUGAGUCACGUUACAAUGACUCAAGAUUCUUUUGAAAACAUGAUCUCCAACAGCCCUUUUCUUGAAAAAUUGAUGUUGUUUAACCUUGAUGGUUUCAGCCAAAUUAAUAUCCACGGACCAAAUCUGAAGGUUGCUCAUAUCAGUGGUGAAUUUGAGGAUAUUAGCUUUGAAAACACUUUCCGAUUAGUUGAGUUAACGAUGUAUUUAGACUAUGGAUGCAAUCUAGUUAAAUUGCGUGGAUGCUCUAGCAAUUUGCUUCGAUUUUUCGUUCAUCUACCUCACAUACAAAGCCUAGAGAUUCAUCACUAUUUUUUAGAGUAUUUGGCUGCAGGUGUUGUGCCAAUAAAGCUUCCCACACCUUGUAUCAAUCUCAGACAUCUUUCCUUAUGCAUAGACUUCGAUGACUUGAAGAAAAUUUUGGCUGCUCUUUGCUUGCUCAAAAGCUCACCUAAUCUUCGAAAAUUGGAAAUAAUUGCACCAGAAGAGUUGACUGGUCUUUUAACAUCCACCUCCUAUUGUUGGGAAAAUAUAUUUUCGGAGCCAACAAUGCCCAUUGAAGUGCGACAUGUGAGGAUGCAUGGCAUCUCUGGCUUUAAAUCUGAAUUAGAUUUUAUCAGAUUUCUGCUUUUAUAUUCUCCUGUACUAGAAAAGAUGAUUGUGGAGCCUGAUCUAAACGCGAAACCGGAGUUAUUGACAGAACUGGUUCGAUUCAAAAGGGCGUCGAGACAAGCUGAAGUUAUUUACAAUGUGGAAAACUCUUCAUAGUUAUUUUUAUUCUCCUGAAAUCAUAAUCUUAUGUUCUUUUUUUAGUCAAAUCGUCAUUUUAUAUAUUACGGUUUAUGACAUUUAAGGUUAUCACGACUUAAAGCUAAACUUUCAAUGGUAUGCCAAAUUUUGAGUGAUUGACAUUGUAAUUAUUUUAUAUUGA